GUGGCUGGCUGGCUGGCGGAGCCGGCGUCGUCCGCGGUAAAUGGCGCUGGUGGCGGGAAAGUUGAGUGCCUGGUGCGCCGAGCCUUCGGGGCGAUGUGUAACGAUUUUCAUAGGGCGGAGUCUGGGACGGAGCUCCUUGCCCGGCUUGAAGGCAGAAGGUCCUUGAAAGAAAUGGAACCGUGUCUGUUUGCUGAUGACGACUCACCUGUGCAUGGUGAUAUUCUUGAAUUUCAUGGCCCAGAAGGAACAGGAAAAACAGAAAUGCUGUAUCAUGUAACAGCACGAUGCAUACUUCCAAAGUCGGAAGGUGGCCUGGAAAUAGAAGUCCUAUUUGUUGACACAGAUUACCACUUCGAUAUGCUUCGGCUCGUUACAAUUCUGGAGCACAGGCUCUCGCAGAGCUCUGAGGAGACAGUAAAACGCUGCCUGGGCCGGCUCUUUCUCGUGUUCUGCAGUAGCAGCUCCCAGCUGCUGCUCACACUUCACUCCCUGGAAACCAUGUUCUGCAGCCGCCCCUCCCUCUGCCUUCUGAUUUUGGAUAGCUUGUCGGCUUUUUACUGGAUAGACCGAGCCAACGGAGGAGAAAGCCUUACGUGGCAGGAGGCCCCUCUGAGGAAGUGCUCCCAGUUCCUAGAGAAACUCGUCCGCGAGCACCGCUUGGUGCUUUUGGCAACCACGCAGAGCAUAAUGCAGCGAGCCGCAGACGCCGGUGAAGGCGCCGCCGCGGCCCCCCUCCACCUGGGCGACGGCGAUGCGAGCAGGGACUACAGGCCCUACCUCUGUGAGGCCUGGCGGCGGCUGGUGACACGCAGGGUCUUCUUCUCCAAAGACGGGUCUAAAGCCACCCACCAGUUUUCUUUACUGUCACGUCAUUUAAGGAGUAACUGUGUAAAGAAACACUCUUUCAUUAUUGGAGAAAGUGGGGUUGAAUUUUGUUGA